UGAGAGAGAGAGAGAGAGAGCUGGCCCACUGAUCAGUCACCAGUGUGCAGCAAGAUUCGGCGGGGAGAGGUUGUGUUGGUUGACGUGUGCCCAGCUGCUCAGUGAUAAAAGUGCGGCGUUGGGGGACAAGACUAUAAUACACACUCAUCUUUACCUUGAGGGACUUGUUACUGGAGUGCUUUAUAAAUACACAAGCAGCUGUUCUGUCAUCUUUCUCAACUAAUAAGGUGAGUUGAGGUGACGUCACGCGAGGUCAGCAGCAGUACGUGACGCCACACAACAGCUGAUCAAGCAGGAGUGAGUGAGGGAGGGGGUCGACAGCGACGACGGAGGCAUCAGUUGACGCCCUGAUGGCUGUCGAGUCGGUCAUCACCUACAAUAAUGAGAGUUACCUGAGGGCCGAGGAGGUGUACGGCGGCUACAGGUGUGCAAAUCGGGGACUGCUGCUGCCGUUCAUCUCGGAGUACACCUGGACAUUUGAGGUUCGCGCCUUCCUCUACCUGGCGGGUCUUCUCUACUGCUUCCUGGGUGUUGCUAUCAUCGCCGACAUCUUUAUGGGAGCAAUUGAGAAGAUCACCAGCAAGACCCGUAAGAUCUACCUGACGUCAGAGAAGGAGGACGAACCAGAGGUGAUCGAGGUGAGGAUAUGGAGUGACGCCGUGGCCAACCUGACCCUCAUGGCCCUAGGAUCUUCGGCCCCUGAGAUCCUUCUGUCCAUCAUUGAGAUCAUGGGCAAUGGGUUCAAUUCUGGGGAGUUAGGACCCAGUACCAUCGUGGGUUCGGCUGCCUUCAAUCUGUUUGUCAUCACUGCCGUCUGUGUUAUGGCUAUUCCAAACACCGAGACUCGUAGGAUUAAGGAUAUCAAGGUGUUCGCUGUGACGGCGGUGUUCGCAGUGGUGGCGUACCUGUGGCUGCUGAUCAUCCUGGUGGCGAACUCUAAGGACGAGGUGGAGAUCUGGGAGGCGGUGGUGACCCUGCUGCUCUUCCCCAUGUUGGUGAUCCUCGCCUGGUUGGCCGAGAAGAACCUGUGCGGCGUCCCCAACAAGACGGACACUAGUAAACAGAUUGAGCUUGGCAGUUUCCAGCCAGGAGAUGAAACGCCGGACAAAUUCCUGAAGGAGCGGCAGUAUUUCAAGGACGGUCAUCUGGAUCGUGACGGCCUGGUCGCCUUCAUCAAGGAGGUGAAAAACUACCCAGGACUUACUGAUGAAGACGCUGCUGUGCUCGCUGCCUCCAAAUUGGUAGAAUCUCAGAGCCACUCCAGGAUGUGGUACCGUGUGGGUGCCGUGCGUAGUAUGACUGGUGGACGCAAGACACAGCCUCAGCUCUCCUACAAACUUAAAGAGAUAUCAAGAAUGAUUGAUGCGAAAAUUCAACAAGAUUUUGACUGGAAGUUAAAAUUCGUCUACAAUGCUAUGAAUGAACAUCCUGAUGCACCAACAGUUGGGGAGGUUCCAAAGGUGAUGCCACACAGAAAUGCUGUUAUUGACUUCCAUGCCGCCUCUUGUGCUGUUAUGGAAAACAUUGGGAAAUUCAAUGUGGCUAUUUGUCGUACCGGCAAGACAGAUAAUGAAGUCAGUGUCAGGGUUGAGAGCAUAGAUGGGACAGCCACAGAGGAGCAAGAUUAUAUUGCCAUCAACAAGGUCAUCACUUUUGCACCAGGAGAGAUGGAGAAACAGAUUGAAGUGGAAAUUAUCAACGACAACCAAUGGGAACCGGACGAGGAAUUCUUUUUGAAGAUUUCGCUGAUGCUUGACAGUGAGAAGAGACAAGGCGUCCAGCUGGGCCGGAUCUCUAUCAUGGAGAUAACUAUCCUCAAUGAUGAUGAGCCUGGGGUGGUGAUGUUCCAAAAGAGAGGCUUCUUGGUGAAGGAGAGCAUUGGCAAUGCUGUCAUCCCAGUCAUUCGAAAGAAUGGAGCCGAUGGAGAAAUUACCGUUAAAUGGCGUACUAUUGACAAGAGUGCUCUGUCCGGUCGUGACUUUGAAGGAGGAGAAGGAAAAGUUGUCUUCAAGCACACUGAAACUAUACAAAACAUUGAGAUCCCGAUCAUGGACGACAUGACCCCAGAGAAGGAUGAACACUUUGAGGUAGAACUCUUUGACGCAGAAGGCGGUGCCAAAUUGGGUCAGAUAAACCGUACUGCCGUCACCAUCACCAACGAUGACGACUUUAACAAUGUUUUGUCCAACAUGAUGAUACUGACCAAUGCUAAUGUCCACGCCAUGCAAGUUCAUCACGAGACUUAUCUCGGCCAGAUCAAAGAUGCCCUCAACGUUAAUGGUGGAGAUGUGGAAAAUGCAACUGGAAUGGAUUAUUUUAUGCAUUUCUUAACCUUUGGGUGGAAGAUAAUCUUCUCUCUGGUACCGCCCCCGAGCAUCUUCGGUGGUUGGUUGUGCUUCUUUGUGUCUCUAGGAGUGAUUGGUCUGUUAACUGCCAUUAUUGGUGACUUGGCUUCCAUCUUUGGUUGUCUUGUGGGCCUCAAGGACUCCGUCACUGCAAUCACCUUUGUGGCACUGGGAACUUCACUGCCUGACACUUUUGCAUCCAAGUCGGCCGCAAUUCAAGAGAAAUAUGCCGACAAUGCUGUUGGCAACGUGACCGGCAGUAACUCGGUGAAUGUGUUUCUCGGUCUUGGUCUCCCCUGGUUUAUUGCGGCCAUUUACCACGCGACUCAAAAAACCAAGUUUAUAGUUAAGGCUGGCAGUCUUGGAUUUAGUGUGGGCCUCUUCACAGGACUGUGUAUUGUGGCUAUUGCUAUUCUCAUGGUCAGAAGAGUUCUUGCUGUGUGUGGAAAGGCAGAACUGGGAGGUCCAGCAGCAGCAAAGUAUAUUUCUGGAGCAAUAUUAAUUUCUCUGUGGUUGAUAUACGUAUUGUUCGCCUCGCUCCAAGUCUACGGACACUUCUAAGUUAAAUUAUUCUGUCAGUUCUAAACAGUUUGUAAUUUAAAAGGAAAAAUUAUGAAAAAAAAUUAGCAAUAGUUUUCUUCAAAUAUUCUGGCAUUUUUAUAAUUAAACAAUGUUAAAUACAGAGGGAAUUUUUUUUUAAAGAUUUUAAGGUUUCAAAUGAGAUUUUUACUCCAUAUACAGUACAUAAGUUUCUCCAAUAGAUGAUGAGUGCAGGGGAACCUCGCCUACAAUAUUUAUUCCUGUGUGUCGUGGCUUGACUUGUAAUGUGUCUGUAACCACAAUAUGACCUUUCACUGUAUUCAAGUUGUGUGAUGCAGGAAACUAAAUACAGUACAGUACUAUCUCAUAUUUUGACAAUAAUCAUAAAUUCAUUUGCUUUCCUGAUUAUGAAAAGAAACUCGGAACAGCUGCUGGUGUGAGAUUUCUUUUGGCAGGAAGACAUUAUCCUGCUGUGUAGGGAGUAAAAAUCAUCUCAUUUGUCAUACCAAACUAUCUUGAGGAGAAAAGAGUGUAAAGGUAAACCCUAAUAUGAGACACUAACUUAUACUAUGUCAUUCCUGGGAUUAAAGUGACAUAAACAACUUAUAGACCAUGAAUAAAGAGUGCAAGUGAUUUUAACAACCUAUUGUAUGGUUUAUUGUCACACAUUUUAACUAAGUUAUUGUCUGUCACUUUUGCUUCUUCUAUCGGAUAUUCAAAUUAGUUUUAUUUUCCAGUUUUUUUCUUUGAUUUUUUUAAUGUUCAACUGUGAGAAACUGAUUUGUGAAUUUAAUCUGGGAUAGUUUAAAAUUAAUGAAGAAGGUACAAUAAUUUAAAAAAUUCGAAAAAUCCAUUAAAUUGCUCACUUGGUACAAUAGAGCUGUGGAUUUACAACCCAAGAAACAAUCACUCCUGUGGCCAAGGAAAGCUGGUGGAGGUCUCGGCCACAGCAGUGCUAUCAGCUAAGUUUAAACUUCCUACAUGUUGGGGGGAAAAGGGUGAAGUGGAUUUUUCUAAAGUAAAUUUUAGGUAAAUAUUAAUAAUAAAUUAUUUUUAGUGUUUCAUAGAACAGUAUUAACAUGUGUUCAGUCUUGUGUGGAUUACUUUUCCAUUGUUCUGCUGCACCAACAACAGCUGGUAAAAUAAAAACACAAUUAUAUGCUGUACAAUAUUCCAGCGGUCUUCAGUAUGCGAGAAUCUGUUGCAUUGUCUGUAGUUUAACGAGAAUUGAUUUAGAGUUUACUCCAAUUAUUAGUGUUAUAAUGUGCUUCUUUAUUUUCUCAUUGAAUAAAUAACAAUUGUAAUUAGUUUUCUGCACCGAUUUAGUGAAUAGCUUUAAAUGACUAUGAUGUGAGUAUUAAUAUAUACAUACUGUACUGUAUAUUUUUUUUUUGCAUUUUUAUACUUGGUUUUUUCAUCAGUUCACUCUACAGUGUUCAAAGAGUUAAUCUGUUAAAUAGACCCUUAAUGUAAUGAACAAAUGGAAUCUUUAGCUUUACUGUAAAUUUACAUGUGGGUUUAUUCCUCGUUACCAGUUACAACUUUUGUUGAGGAGUGUCUUGUAAGUGGCUUGCCAUGUUGGUACUGUACUGUACAUCAGUGUUACUAUACUCAAACUGAAAAGAUUCUAUAAAUUCCUGUAUCAGGAAACAUUAUAACUUUUUACUACAAACCAAAGCUAAAGUACAGUACAGAUACUUGUACACCACCUGAACAAUAACACUAUAGUGCAGUACUUGUACACCAUCUGAGCACUGUACUACUACAGUACUAUAGUUUUUGUUUGUCGUCAAAGUCAUGGCUGAACCAACAAGAUGAGAACCUUGACAUUUCACAAUAUUAAAGUUGUAAUAAUCAAAAACUACAGUUCUGUACUUGUCUCUUUUACAAUAUUAAUGAGCGUAUAACAAAUGUGCCGUGUGUGUUAUGUGGGGGGAGUUCAGUUUAGGAGGAAAGAGUGCUAUUAAACAGAUGCAGAUUUUUAUUCGUAAUUUAUUAGAAUGGAAGCGAGUGAUAAAAAUAUUAAAUUUCAGCCCCUUUUUUUAUAAUAUUGGAUUAUUUUUUAUUGAUAUAACAAUGAGGAUUGACCCAUGUGAAUAUACAGUGUAGUGUAUUAUUGUUGAGCUGGGAACUUAAAUGUUUUGAUAUAUUAAUUCAAUUGGUGUGUGUGUGUGUGGUGGUAGGAUUAUUUUCUUGUAUUUUAGGAGUAUUGGUGUGCAUAAAGCUUAAGCCCUCUUGUUUUUAUUGAAAUAUUGGAAGAUAAACAGUUUGUGGUGGUGUUUUAAAGAUGGAUUUGCAAUUUUAUUUAAAAAGAGUAAAGGCUAUGAUGUUUCAGUGUAGCCACACCACUCUAUGUGAAUGAGGUAAUACAGUAUUAACCCUUACAUCCCGGGUGACGUUCCAGAAUGCCGGACUGGCACGUCCCGGGUGACGUUUCAGAACGCUCGCCUUUUCCCGCCACUGUUUAAAUCCCCUGCUCGGGUUAUUAGGUACCAGUGUGACUUUUUGCAUGUCAUGCCACACACUCGGCCACAGGGAAGCUUCCUGAAUGCAAGUUUAUUUUAUAUGCAUUAUUUGCUCUACCAAACACAAAGACAACCAGACAGCCUGCGUGUGUGUUGCCGAGCACUUUUAUGAAAAAUGGUGUAAAUAAAAUAUUCUAAAUGAAUUAUUUAUAGGAAAUAAGUAAUAUGAUCAGUAAGUAUAUGCCUUAUUGGCCAUCUCUGACACAGGCAAGCGGGAAAAUUACCCCCAAGUGCAUAGUGACAGCCAGCGCUCCCGAAAAAAAAAACCCUCGUCACUGAGGUACCACGGAAGUUUCUAGAGGGACAAUAUAUAGUUUUUCUUGUGUAUUUUUUAUUGUUUUAACAUUUUUAAAGGUUAAAACUUAUGUUUGGGAAAGUUGAUUUUUCUCGUUUUACCCGCGUUGGGGGUACGGCCGGCGGCACCCUAGCGUGGGGCGUUAAUGAACACUCUUUGUAUUGACUGAAGACUCAAUAAUAGGAUAUGUUAAUGAUACUCAUUAACUGUAUUGCAGAAACUGGAAGUAGUUUUGGUUUUGUGAACAUUGUGUUGAAAGUAAAAUUUGGUAGUUACAAAGAAUGUUUCUGUAGAUAUUGAAGAGCUGUUACAGUAUGUGAAAUAAGAGAAGUGUAUUCCUCUUGUUACAAAGGUAUUUUAGUACAGUACAGUAGUACUUCAUUUUGUCAGAAAUCAGAGGAAUAUUUUCAAUAUUCUUUUAAUUUUAAAAUUAAGUUAUGUAAAAUGGAGACAAUUAAAUCUUUAUUUAAAAGCAAUGGUAAAGUAGGAAAGUUAAUACAUUGAAAACAUCGCAAGCUGGGUUUGUAACUUUUUGCUCCCCAAAAUAUAUUCUAAAUGAUGUGUUUAAAAAAAUUAAGCAAAUGUGUUGGCAGCUUUCUACUCUCUCUGGCAUUUAAUUGUUAGUUUUAUGUACACAAUGCUUAGCUCUUGUUAUAAGGAUUGUGGUCCAUGUCCAGGGAACAGUACCUCCAACCACUUUGUCUAACUGUUGUUGAUUCCUGACUUAAAAGUUGGGAAAGGAAGAUGCAGUGGAGUACAGUGCUGGACACCGUCUCCUUAUAUACCAAUAAAAGGCUUGGUGUACAGUGUACUGUAUCCACCCCUAAUAGGCAGUGAGGCCUACAGGACCCACUUUCACUUUUUCCCCAAAAGUACGAAAUAUAUUGCUAGGGUCUAGGUGUUUAUAGAUCUUGGGCUGAAACUCGAUUAGAAGCGUCACUAACAGUCGAGAAACUGUGUCCUUGUACCAUUGGAGCACCAGAGGGUUCCACCAGCAGUAAUACAGUACUGAGUGUGAAGGGACUGUUGAAAUACAUUGUUGUUACCACAACCACACACCAAUCAAUCAAUAGUCUGUAAAAUAUAAAUUUUGAAGUUAUAUUUGGUACAUAUAUAUUGUUGCUUGUAAUGUUAAUGUAAGUUUUGUGUUUCUUUGUAUCUGUCAUCCUGUACUUGUAAGUUUUACCUUCAUGUGGAAAUAUGAUAAUUUAUGGUUUAAUGUUAACUUUUACUUGAUCAUUUUGGUUGAAUAUUUAACUUUGUGUAGGUUUUAUAAUUACUGUACUGUAUUAACUUUGUGAUACUUUAUUGGUGAAUUAUUACUUAAGGAUUUUAUUUAGGUUUAUACAGUAAGUUUCAAGUUUCUGACAAUCUUUUGUACAGGUGACAGCUGCCCAAGUACAGUAGAAUAUUGAUCCGUGUAAUUUGUGGGUCUGGGUUUCUAAAGCACUACAAAACACCGCCAGGUAAAGUUGUUCAAUGGAGGGAAUUAUUAUAUUUACUCGCAUCGUACAUUCUUCCCCACCAUGUCCGUAUUGGCAAUGCAGUAUAUUCAGGAGGGUAUAUCUGUAUAUUCUGGUAGAAAUUUUUUUUCCCUCUAAGUUUUAAUGUUGGAAAGAAGUUACAUCAACUGUUUCUUGGGACUUCACUAACAAUAAGGUUUGACACUCAGGCACAUGGAUGGUUUGGUGAAGGAUCACAUGUGCUCUUGGCCCCAAUGACAUUAUGGCAAUAAUUGGGUUUUAAUUUUUCUGUCAUUACAAACUCGAGAGCCCAUCGAGGGUGGAUCUUUCUAUUAUUUGCAGAAUUUGUGUUUAGACAUUGUAAUAAAAAUUCAAGGUAACAGAACUUUAAAGUGCUGUUACCAUAGCUUGCCUCCUUACCCUUCCCCCUCCGCUCUCCUUAUCCUCCCCCUCCUCACCCUUCCCUUCUAACCCUCCCCACCCCACCAUCCCCACCCCCCUCCAUUUCCUAUCAAAAUCGUGUUUGCCACUGUUACUGAAUCAUAUUGAUAGAAUUUGGUUAGUUACUAAAUUCCUGUGUUGAUGGUUAUUGGCAGUGAAGAUGCUUCUGCUUGUACAGUAUAUUUUAUUGGUAUGUAAGAAAGGUGAGCGAUCAAACUCCUUUUUUUCCGUAAUUAUGUGCCUUAAUUGAAAGUAAAAAUAUAAAUACAGUAUUUCAUGAAAAUUAGUAGAGUCUUUCAUGGUUAAAAUUGUUUGCCUUUUUGUAGUUGAAAAUAUACUUAUAUAUUUAUUCUUCAACUUUAGAAAUGGAAGGAAAUUUAUUUAAAACUUAAUUACUUUAUAAAUUUGUUUAUACAGUAUUCUUGGACCGUGAAUGGAUGGGUAUAAACUUUAAAGUAUUUUUUUCACACUUAAUCUUAACUAAUGAGUGUUAAAUAUAAAAAAAUUAUCCAAUACCUUGUCAAAUUUUUUCAGAGUGUUUAAUAUUGAACUUUACUGAUAAAAGACCAAAAGAGUUUUAAUAAGUACAGUACUUCAUCCUUGAACCAUCCAACAUUAGAAGACCGGUUCUCCUCAAAUAAUACAACCACUGGCAGAACAUCAUCAAAAUAGGUAUAUUUGUGACACAACUUAAGGGAAAAAAUAGGUAUAUUUGUGACACAACUUAAGGGAAUUAUUCCUGUAAAGUUUCACAAUGCAUUUCACUUGUAAAGUAAAAACAAAAAUAUUAGUUCAUGGAUGGUGGAAGGAAGACAGUCACAGAAGUUCUGAUAGUCAUGGAGGAGUCAGGCUGAAUGGUCUAGUAAUCCUGGCUGGGUCUCUGGUGUUUAAUAAACAAAUUAAAGAUCAACUUAACAAGAGGAGAAAUGCAAUUCAGGACUACUGUACAUACAUUUGUGAAGAAUUUAUCCUUCCUGAAGAAAGAAUAGGAUAAUGUCGAUGCUAGAGAGGCCAGCAGCACAUAACAGUCAAACACAAGAUUGUGAUUCAUUAACAUGUACAGUAUUUCCUGUACAGAAACUGGGUGGGAACUAACAUUUUCAUAAUUUAUGGGCAAAUUCCUUAUUCCAACAAAACUUCUCUCUAGUGUAUCAGUAUGUGAUGGCAAUGUUCAGUACUAGACAUGCUUCCUCAUCCACUACAACUCUUUAAAAAUAAUGUGAAGAACAUUAUCAAAAAUUAUCAUAAAAAUUUUUAUGCAUGCAACAUUUUAGAAAUACCCUAGUAUGGAUAUGUAUUGUACAUGUAUACUAUGAAUGUUAAUAUAUGUGUGUGUGUGUGUGUUGUGAAUGACUAAUUCUGAGAUUGGUCCAUGUGUUGUUGACAAACUGUCUGUCAUGAAUUUUUCUGAAAUCUCUACAUACUUAAUGGAUUCACACUAGUGAAGUCUUGCUACUGUAUGUUCAUCCUGGUGGAGCAGCAGGAUGUGUUGCUGACUCGCUAUACUGUACUUGCUAUCUAGACUAAAUUUCAAAGAUACUUUAAGAGGUAAAUUUUAGUGCUCAGCCCCCACACACAUUGGAUUCUUUGGUAGUGUUCAGUUAAAUAUAUGUACAGUACUGUACUUAAACUUGCAGAAUGUCGUGUCAAUCUAGAAAUUUUAUUGAAAGAUCUCGUCUCUAUAUUUUAAUUAUACUAAAUCGGGUAUUAACUUCUUGCAUCUGUUACCCAAAAUGAGAAAAAUACUGAUAGAUUUUAUAGGUACAGUAGUGUAAUUUAUGCAUUGUUUCCUAACUGUAUUAAAUUUUAUCCAUUAUAAUACUGUAUUAAACUUUACUCUAGCAGGUUGGUGUAAUGCUACAGCCUGUACUGUAUUAGCAGAGUCUCAAUGUCAAUUUUGGUGAAAGAUUAUCUCUGGCCUCAAGGUCCGAGACAACACCCAGAAAACGUUUUUCAGCAAACCCUUCCUAAGGGACGUGACGUGUAACCACAAAGUUCUUGCAAAUUAUGAUUUAUCAAACUUAAAGGCUUCAAAUUUUAUACAUGACAUAAUAAGAAAAACACCAAGUAAAAUUGUGGCAGUUACCUCAACCCUGACUUUUCUACACCUUCAAUGUGCUAUUCUUGCCAAAUAAAAACAUAACUUUU